UGAAAACGCUCAUCGCCAACACGUCGAACAAAUGAAAUCUUACUCAUAAUGGUGAAAGCAAUCAAAUUGAACUACUUUAUACAGCACGAGAACAUGCAUAUUACUGUCUAAUGCGACCACUCUUGACCAUUUAAUUUGUUGCUAUAAUAAAAACAUAUAAAUUUAUAUAAUGAGAUAGAGGUGGACACUUGAAGACGAGAUUUGCAAGUUAAGUGUGCGGGUGGCUAGUAAGUCAACGUUGAACACUUACUCUGGCAUGACGGUUCAAACGGUUCAGUUCAUUCGCGGUGUCGGUGAGAUUCGGUAUGGCUUUGUGCGAGCUCGGUACCACUUGAAACGGGUGCUUGAAUAGGACAAUUAAAAUACGUGUUGUACUUCCAACAUUGGAAAGUCAAUUUAUAAUCGCUCUGGUGAAUGGAUAUUGUGACUAACUGUAGUUGAGAACAAGGAGACAUUGAAAUAGUACAUUAUAAAGUAUUUUUUGUGUGUUGUGUUGCGCAAACGCAUACCGGUUCGCUGAGUAGUUAGUUUUGCGACUUGACUUAAGGCAAGUUCAUCGCAAGCUGUUAUACAUUCACUUUAUUAAAACAAGUAAAAUAGUUAAUCAAAGUUAGUAGACUUUAUAGUGAACAGCAAGAAAGAUAUAGAGCCAGUUUUUUCCAUCGCAUGUUUAAAGCGCAGACUGUGUGAUUAUAAUCAAGUUUUUAUUCUGUAUUAAAAUGGAUGCUGCAACGGUGAAUAGAUAUCGUGGCCCAGACGCCUACACUUUCAGUGAUUCCUUGGCGCUAACAAGUUUCGGUAAAUUUAAUUAUUUUUUGAUUUGUAUCUCUGGAAUGGUGCUGGCCACAGUUCUGCUAGAGACAGCUGGUAUGGGCUUUAUUUUGCCCAUCGCGCAAUGUGAUCUACAACUAUCGAAUCAGGACAAGGGUGUGCUUAGUGCGAUCGGUUUUUUGGGUAUUAUUUCAAGUUCUCAUUUAUGGGGAUUUUUGGCGGAUACAAAGGGACGUCGCAGAGUUAUUCGGCCCACACUGCUGGCAGGGUUCGCAGUUACAGUUCUCUCCAGUUUCGCCCCUAACUUUUGGGUCAUGGUUCUGCUUCGUUUCAUCAACGGAUUUUUUCUAGCAGGCUCUGCAACAAUUUAUGCCUAUCUCGGAGAGUUUCACUCAGAUAAGACGCGUUCACGAGCAAUUAUGGGAUCUUCAGUCAUAUUCGCUAUCGGGGCAAUGAUUUUGCCGAUGAUCGCCUUUUUAGUCAUAAACCAAGAUUGGGUUUUACCGCUAACUUUUCUUGGCAUCGACUAUAAGCCCUGGCGUUUGUUUUUGAUCGUGUGUGGCAUACCAGGAUUCCUGUGUGGUAUGUCCUUAUUUGCUUUGCCCGAGAGUCCUAAAUUUUUACUCGCUGUUGGUGAUGAGAACAAAGCGAUUGAGGUGCUCCAGAAAAUGCAUCGCUGGAACAGUGGCAAAGAACCGCUCAUUAUUACACAUAUUCUGCCAGAUGAUGACACCACGAUUACUACAUUACAAUUUAACAGUAAAUUUGAAUCGAAUUCAAAUUUCGCCCUUCUGUUUUUGCAAACAAUGUGGAAUCAAACUGUACCAUUAUUUCAGCGGAAAUAUUUGCGUAUUACAAUGAUCGUUUGCAAUAUGCAAUUUUGGUUGUAUGUAGUGACUAACGGUCUCUAUAUGUGGUUUCCACAUAUUAUUAACAGCGUGGCGGCAUUUAUUAAUGAGCAUCCUGGUGAACACAAACAAAUCUGUCAAAUUGUUUAUGAACAACAAGAAAGCAUUUAUAAAAUGGAUGGAACCAUCGAAUGUAUUGACAAAUUGGAGAACACUACCUAUUAUUACUCGCUCGUUAUGGAAAUACUUUAUGCCAGCUCAUUUGCAUUUAUUGGUUUUAUAAUAAAUCGUGCGGGGAAAAUAUUAAUUCUUUUCAUCACUUCAAUAUCCUUCACAUCCUGUGGCUUAACAUCCAUUUUUAUAGCUGAUCCAUCUAUUGCCGCUUACCUUUAUGUGCUAUUUUUCUUAGUAGGCGUGGCCAUUAAUGUGCUCAGUGCUGCUACAGUCGAUUUGUAUCCGACACAUCUUCGUGCAAUGGCUGUGUGUAUAUCACUUAUGGUGGGUCGAUUGGGUAGUGUUGUAGGUGCCAAUGUGGCUGGCGCCCUGAUGACUCAUCACUGUGAAUGGAACUUCUAUAUCGUUUGUGGAGCGAUGUAUAUUUGCGCUGUCCUGGCGCUUCUCCUGCCCCGAAAGAGCCCCGAUGAAGCGGGGAAAAGUGAAUCGUGAUUGUGACAAAAAUGUCGAUCCAUGCACAAAAGUAGCUUUAUUAUAAAUAAACUGUUUAGAAGUACAUAUGAAUGUCUGUUAUAGGAUUAAGUACGUUUGUAAUUUCGUAAAUUGUUGAAGUGGUUUUAAAUGACAUUUGUUUUUUAUUAAGUGUUACUUUUAUAAAAAACUUAAACUCAUAAUCUGAAGCUAAAAAUUUUUAUACCUGCUCAAAUAUCAUAAAUAUAUGCAGAAUUUCUACGUUAAAUAUCUGCAAUUUAAGAAAAAAGGCUUUGAUUAUUAUUCAAUUUUUAUUUCUGAACCAAAAGUAUUUCAGAAUCGGUCGUGAACAUUUUUAACAAAAACAUUAAAAUUCAUAAACCUGCAAAACCAUUCGGCCUUGUCUUGAGUUUAGGCCGAAAAAAAAUUCACCCGAAAAUGUUUAUUUCGCCCAUAGUAAAUACAUGGAAACGAAAAGUGAAAAGU